AUGGACCCCUUGAAAACGAUAUGUGCAGAGCAGCAUGUAAUUAUCAAGCUACCAUCUGAUAAUAACAAAUUAGUGCAAUUGAAACCUGACACAUCUAUAUCUCUUGGGAAAUUCGGUGCCUUUAAUGUCAAUGACAUUAUUGGAUAUCCGUUGGGGACCAAAUUUGAAAUUCUUUAUGAUGGAGAUGAAAAGGAGGAACAAGUUCCUGCUACAGGGAAGUUCAAAUAUAAGAUUCCUACGGGUAAGAUAAAAGUCCUGGAUGAUGAUGUUGAAAAGACUGAAGGGGAAAGGUUAGAAAAUGUAGUGAAUAGUGAGAAUAAUCAACAUUUAGUUAAUCUGGGGAAUGAAGUACAAAAAUUGAGUGCAGAGGAAAUAGAAGCUUUAAAGGAAAAAUCUGUCUCUAGUUCCGAGAUCAUUUCCAAAAUGAUUGAAUCUCAUGGAAGUUUCGAUAAGAAAACUGUAUAUUCACAAGAGAAAUAUUUGAAAAGAAAGAAACAGAAAUUUGAUAAGAUUUUCACCGUGGAUUAUUUGAGUAGUUCGGCAUUAUUACAGUUUUUAAUUGACAAAGGAGAUAUUCAAAGAAUAAUGGACAUGUCUCAAGAAUCUGUUGCUAUGUUAUUGAACUUGGCAAAUAUUAAAGAAAAUGGGAAUUACUUAUGCAUGGAUGAAACGGGAGGUCUCUUGGUGUAUUUCCUAUUGGAAAGGAUGUUUGGUGGUGAUGAUAAAUCUAAAAGCCCGGGUAAAAUCAUUGUUGUACAUGAAAACGAACAUCCGAAUUUGGACUUACUUAAGUUCUCAAACUAUUCUGAAUCGUUUAUCAAUGAACAUGUUAUUACUAUCUCUUUAUUAGAGUUUUUCGAACCUCCAACGAUAGAAGAUAUUAACAAAGGAUUUACUCCAUUAAGUAAAGAUGAACUAUACCAGUUAAAAAGUGGGCAGAAAAACAAAUAUUAUAGAAGGUUGAAGUGGUAUCACACUAAAAUGGACAUAUUGAAAUUUUCUACUGAAAUAGAGUUUGACGCAUUAAUAAUUGCCUCCACGUUACAUUUACCGUCUUUAGUCCCCAUAUUAGGUGAGAAAGUACAUGGAUCUAGGCCGAUAGUCUGUUAUAGUCAGUUUAAAGAAACUUUAUUAGAACUGGCACAUGUAUUAUAUGAAGAUCUCAGAUAUUUAGCUCCAUCUGUUCUUGAGACGAGAUGUAGACCAUAUCAAACGAUACGAGGAAGACUACACCCUUUGAUGACUAUGAAAGGGGGCGGUGGUUAUUUACUGUGGUGCCAUAGAGUCAUUCCUGCUUCAGAGCCUUUGACUAUACAAAAUCCUGAUGUUUCAAAAGCUAUAGAACAGGACAUCAAAGUGGGAGAAGGUCAAGACUAA